AUGACGUAUAAUUGCUUGAAAUAUCAAUUGAUUCUCUUUGGGGGUUUAUAUUUUAUUUAAAAUAGUACUUUUAUUUUAUAUUUAUUUACAAAAUUUUUAGCUUACAAUUUUAAUUAAUAUUAAAAAUUGAGCAUAGAAAGACAUAUAUUUUUCAAUUAAUUUAAUUAAAAUAAAAGUGAUGCAAACAACCAAAUAAUUCGCAAUCUUAAUUUUGUGGUUAGCUUUAUCAUUUAGAAAUACUAACAAAUUCAUAUCUAAUUUUCAUUCCUAAAAUUUAUUUGCCAUAUAUCAAAAUUUAAGAUAAAAAAAUAAUAUAUUUAAAGUAGAAAUAAGUUUUUUAAAUUAAAUGAGUUAGUUAGUAUUCUAUUUUGUUUCAAUUUAAUCUUUAAAAAAUUGAUAAAUUGGAAAGACUAAAAGAAAAUCUGUAUUUUGAUAAGUUUUACACAUAUUUAUAACAAAUUAAAAUGGAUAUAAAAGUUAUUUAGAAGAGCUUUGUUAAAAGUAAAAUUGCCUUAGAAGAGUAUAUAAGUUUUUCAGAAAGCUAAAGCGAAAAUAGCCAAAAACAACAAUGAAAAAACAAUAUUAACUGAGGAAGCGGUGAUAUUGUUUUACAUGCAACUAAGAAUUGAAGUACCAUAUGUAGCAAGAUUAGCUGUAUUUUGGGGAUUACUAGUAUUAGCGGGAGUGGCAUAUUUACUAAGAGGAAUUUAAGUUAUUGCAGUUUUAAUACAGGUGUAUUAGGUAUUCCAGUCCAUAGCUUAGCAGGCUUAGAAAUUAGUCAUAAAAUCUUAGUAAAGUUAUGCACCAGCAGCAUCAAUAGCUGAAUAAGGAAGUGUUAAAUUUUGA